GUGGGCACCCAAUGUUGCGCGUCCUUAUAAUUUGGAGAGGUGUAUGCAGCGCACGACCCGUUCGCCUUUCCAGGUGGAAAUCCAGGAGGAGCCCAGAGCAAUUUUGAACCGGGACUACUGCGACUGAACCCGGUUCAGGACAGGUGAAAUUCCCAGCAGGCUGCAGUUUAAGGGCCACAGGAUCGAUUGUUCUUCAAGUGAGGGGAUCAGCAAACGCAAACUAUCCGCUCGGGUCAUGGAUAUAAAGGCCAGCGGCUGAAACAAGGAGGCUGAAUUCGGGAUUUCCGGGGAUAUUUACGAACGUUGGAUUCACACUCCUGCAUCCGUUCUUCAUUUUUAUUUUAAGCCGAUCUGAAACAACGAUGAAAACGAAGCAAGGCCGAUUUUUGCUGCUCUAAAUCGACAUUAUCUGUGACGUGUGAGGACAUCAGAGGCGCCGAAAAUGAAGGAGAAAUCCAAAACUGCCGCAAGGACUAGACGGGAAAAGGAAAACAGUGAAUUUUAUGAACUGGCUAAAAUGCUGCCUCUACCGUCUGCCAUCACCUCCCAACUCGACAAAGCCUCCAUAAUAAGACUGACUACCAGCUACCUGAAAAUGAGGAUUGUUUUCCCGCAGGGUCUUGGUGAGGCUUGGGGUCACACAAGUCGAACAAGAUCUUUGGAUAACAUUGGAAGGGAGCUCGGAUCCCAUUUAUUACAGACGUUAGAUGGGUUCAUAUUCGUCGUUGCUCCAGAUGGGAAGAUUAUGUAUAUCUCAGAGACAGCGUCGGUCCAUUUAGGACUGUCUCAGGUAGAGUUGACCGGGAACAGCAUUUAUGAAUAUGUCCACCCUGCAGACCAUGAUGAGAUGACAGCUGUACUAACGCCGCAUCAGCCCUAUCACUCACAUUUUGUGCAAGAAUAUGAGGUGGAGCGAUCUUUCUUUUUGCGGAUGAAAUGUGUGCUUGCAAAACGAAACGCAGGACUAACAAGCGGUGGAUACAAAGUCAUCCACUGCAGUGGUUACCUAAAGAUCCGUCAAUACAGUCUGGACAUGUCACCUUUCGAGGGCUGCUACCAGAAUGUGGGGCUGGUGGCUGUGGGUCAUUCUCUGCCACCCAGCGCUGUUACAGAAAUAAAACUCCAUAGUAACAUGUUUAUGUUCAGGGCCAGUCUGGACAUGAAGCUUAUUUUUCUGGACUCAAGGGUAGCUGAGCUGACGGGUUAUGAGCCACAGGAUCUAAUAGAGAAAACGUUGUACCAUCAUGUCCACAGCUGUGAUAUCUUCCAUCUCCGCUGUGCUCAUCACCUUUUGUUGGUGAAAGGCCAGGUCACUACUAAGUAUUACCGUUUCCUCGCCAAGCAUGGUGGCUGGGUCUGGGUCCAGAGUUACGCCACUAUUGUCCACAAUAGCCGAUCUUCAAGACCACAUUGUAUCGUCAGUGUCAACUACGUUCUCACGGACACUGAAUAUAAAGGAAUGCAGCUUUCCCUAGAUCAAAUGAGUCCCACAAAACCAGCCUUCCCCUAUGCUGACAGUCAAAGCGAGGACAGAAAAACGAGCAAGUCUCGUUUGACCCAAUCCAAGGCAAAAUCCAGAGUAUCACCCUAUCCUCAGCAAUUUGCAGCUUUCAACCCAGAGCGUUCAGAAUCGGACCAAGACAGCCAGUGGGGAGGGAGCCCUCUGACAGACACAGCCUCUCCUCAGUUGUUGGAUCCAAGCGAGGCUGCUGAGGCAUCUUGCGCCUAUAGACUAUAUCCAGAUUCUGGGUCCUUGUGCUACAGUCUGGGUUUAUCUGAAGAUGAUCUCACCCACACCCAAACUCACACCACCACUUGCGACCGUGUCCGAUGCCAAGGAGGCCGCUAUUUCUUGGGAACCCCUCAGUCGGGAAGAGAGAUGUGGUGGGACACAACACGUUCUGUCCUGUCGCUCCCAAAAUUCUCUGUGGACAACAGUGAGGGCUAUGAAAUCACAUCCUACCAUGGCGCCAUUCAUGGCCGGGCUCACUGGGAUGAAGACAGUGUUGUGAGUUCGCCUGAUGGAGGUGGCUCUACCAGCGAUUCAGGUGAGCGUUAUCAUGGUGACCAGUUCCAAUCAAGUCCUCGAGAACCAAGCAAGAUGGAAACCCUGAUUCGAGCAACACAACAAAUGAUCAAAGAGGAAGAGAAUCGUUUGCAGCAGCAGAAGGUGCUUCUGGAUGUCUCAGGCCUCACCAAAACUCACAGUCCCUGCUUCAGCUCCUCCAUACCCCAUCAUACUCAGCUUCCCAUGCCCAGUGUGGUGUGUCGUGGUCCCGGAGCUCCCAGCAUUGACCUCCCGUCGGAGCGCCUCCAUCACAGAGAUGGCAUCAAGGCACUUGGCCCUCAUGACAAUGAUGAAAAUACAACCAGCCCUGUGUCCGUGUCUCGUCUAAGCAGUCCCGGUUCUGAUGGUGUCCCUAGGUCUGGCCUCCUUCUAACCAAAGACUAUAUGCCAACAGAUUUAUCCCCCCACCCUGCACAGGCCCAUGGGAGUCCGCUGCUCUAUCCUGCCCAGGAGAGGCAGCAGAUGGACAGACAAGCAGCUUAUGCUUUGACCGGCUAUUCCCUGGAGCACCUGUACGACCCAGAGAACUUACGGAGUUAUUCUAGCCUGGCUUGUGGGGGAGUCCAGUAUGAUGUGGCAUCUCAUGUGAGGAUGCAGGCAGACCAGAUGCAAGGACACAAGGCCACCUCAGUCAUCAUAACCAAUGGCAGCUGACAGUUUCUGGUGCAGAUUGGCCACGUUGUCUAGGAUGAGGAUGUUACAGCCAAUGGCAAUGUAUAUGUGAGCAUCACUCACCAGAUGCUUCAUGCAAGAGACAACAUUUUGACAAAGGGAUGCAAAAUACCUUGUUACUGAACUGACGCUCUCCCGGUGGCCCAUUGAGCUCUACUUGUAAAUGUCAGGCCCUUAAAAUGUUCUAUUCUCUUUACUUUGUUGUCAGAGGAUGGUUUUCCAAAGCUCAAAGGAAAUAAUGUUUAUACACUGCUGGGCACUGGGAACAAGUGUGCUCCACUACAGGAAAAUUGCUGUUAUUCUAACGGUAGUGAACUGUAUUACCCUCCCACCAGAAGGCUGGUUAAACAUCAAGCAAAUGUUUCUGUCCCAAUCCUCCCACGCAUCGUUGAGCAUCUAAGUUAAUCUGUCCAGGAUGUGAUUUCCACAGACUUUAGGAAAACUUGUUGUUCCAUUGCCCCUUUACCCAGAAACUCCAAACUCCUUAAAAGCAUUAAAAUGCAGCACCAGAAAGACCUGCAGGCAGACAAGCAUUUCACUGUUGUAAGAUGUAAAUGUUUCCUUGUAUUUAUUAGUCAGUGGGCUGUUUUUCUGCAUGUGUCAUUAUUUUUAGUCAAAAUAGACAUAUUUUCAGGGGCCAAUAAAACAGUUUCUUUGAUUGGAUCAGAUCAUUAUUACCAUUUUAAAUUAAAUAUAAUUAAAAAAUAACUGAAGUUGAAAAGCAAAAUAAAAAUCUGCCUUUAAAAUGUGAA